UAUACAUCGAACAAUAGUAAAAUGAAGGUUAUAACAAUUGCGAUAUUCCUGGUUCUCUGCGGCGUAGUCGCGGCCAGGCCGAACGGCUUUGACUGGGGACGUAAUCACGGCGGCUGGGGGGCAAACAUCCAUCGCGAUGAUCAAUGGCAUGACAGAGUAGGCAAUCUGGAACAUGGUCGCUGGAAUAAGCAUGGAGAUAGAUGGCAAGGAAGGUUUGGCCGCUGGCACAGAGAUGAGAGUGGUUGGCAUAGAGACGACCGCUGGAGGCAUCCGAAUUUCCCAAACCAUGGAAUGCGUCCUGAACAACCUACAGCAUUGCCAAGUUCCACAGCAGCUCCCGUGGAGACUUCCCAGGCUCCCGAAUCAACUCAGGCCCCUGAACAGCCAAUUGAAAGUAGCCAAGCACCCGAGGUGACAACUGAGGCACCCGAACAGUCUACAGUGGCACCCGAAGAGACUACUGAGGUACCCGAAGAGACUACAGUAGCACCGGAAGAAUCUACACAGGCACCCGAAGAGACUACUGAGGUACCCGAACAGACUACAGUAGCACCCGAGGAGUCUACAGAAGCACCAGAGGAGACUACGCAGGCACCCGAGGAGUCUACAGAAGCACCCGAAGAGACCACAGAUGCACCCGAGGAGUCUACAGAAGCACCAGAGGAGACUACGCAAGCACCCGAGGAGUCUACAGAAGCACCAGAGGAGACUACGCAAGCACCCGAGGAGUCUACAGAAGCACCAGAGGAGACUACGCAAGCACCCGAGGAGUCUACACAAGCACCAGAUGAGUCUACUCAGUCAUUCGGUGAGCCCACUGACACUACUCUGGCACCCGAGACGCCUGAAGAGUCUACUCAGGUAACCGAUGAGCCGACAGAAACUACUCAGGUCCCCGAAGAAUCGACAGACACUACUCAAUCAUCGGAAGAGCCUGAAGAGUCUACUAAAGUUACAGAAGAGCCGACUGAAACUACCCAAGCCACCGUAGAGCCAGAAGAAUCAACGACCGAAGGUUCGGGAGAACCUGUUGAGACAACGACAGAAGCAGAGGAGGGAAGCGGGUCGGCGAGGUCAUAAGCUCGCUCUGACAACUAGAAUAUCAUUAUUAUUUCAAUGCUAAGCGAGCGUAGUAAGCAUUGGGAAUCCAACAUAGUUAUGAAGCGAAAUGAUAUGUUAAUAUAAGUAGAUGGUUUUAUUCUAAUUAUAGAAUAUGUUAGUCAAAUGA